UAUUGUUAUUGGCUUUGUCCAUAUUUGUCCUUUUCGGCCAAUUUCGAUAUAUAAGUUUCCUAUUGUGGUGUUGCUACAAAUUUAAUCUAAAUUUUGUAAAAGUAUAAUUUAUGAAUAAAUUAUGUCCAAAGUGUUGAAUCAACAAAGUGCUCUGCCCUCGCAGAAGUCCAAAAAACUUGAUAAUCAAAAAAAAACCACACCCACUUUACAAAUGCUUAAUAGUAAUAGCAGCAAUUUAAAUGGCGGUACCAACAUGAAUGGCACAUCCACUGGCACAAUGGCUUGCACUUCCGAGUCAACAUCAACUUCAUCAUCGCCCAUCACAGUCGAUUGUGAUGAUUUCACCAGCAGCUCAAUUUUAGAAUUUCUGGCAAGAGAACAAGAAUGUUGUACAGAAGCAGACGCAGAAAGUAUUUUUCAGGAAGUCAGCCGACUGGCUGAUAAUUCAGACACUCGCAGUGUCGAUGAGAUAUUGCGUGAAGCUGAGUUAUUAAUGCAACAACAGUCGAUCUAUGGAAGUGCUGAUAAAAGUGAUAAGUCAUCUCUGUAUAAAAAGCGUAGCAUAAAUACGAUGUGCAAAAAUAAAACACCUCAAUUAAAACAACAACUAAAGAAUUUUGCACCUAUUCAACCAAUUCAGCACAGCCAAAUUACAAUGCAAAAUAUUAACUCAAACAGCAAGAAUACAAAGUGCAUCGAAAAUAGUUACACAAACCAAAGUAUUAAUCAAAAUGCAUCAUACACUGGUUUAACUAACGGUAAUUGUACAUCAAAUGAAUUAAUGCAAUCACAAAAAAAUGCAUUGGCCUCGGUUACAACACCUACACAUACCGCUACAGUCACUCCACAGACACCAAGUGCCGCUACACCAAUUGGAAAUCGACGUUUUGAUGAAUUUGUCGACAAUCUACCAUCCGUAUCUGUUAUCUCUGAAGAGUCGACACCGAAGGAUAUGCAAAAUAUGGUUUCUACUGAAGCAGAUGUAACUACGAUGGCAUUGCUGAAUGGCGAUGAUGAUGACACCGAUACGAUAGAGGAAAUCACCGAAGGUAUUGAAAACAUCGAUAUACUGUUGAAUGAUGAAGAGCAGGCUGUAGAGGUCAACAAGCAACAUUCAAUUAUGUCGAGCGCUGCAGAUGAGCGGUCGGCGGACAACGUAUCCAAUGAAUUUGAAGACGAUGUUGAUGUGGAUAGGGAUGGUGAUGCAGACACUUUAAGUGCAGAUGGUAGUUCUCUUGAAGCUAAUACAGCCGAAAAUGGUGCUGCCAACACCACUACCAAUACAACCACUGUUUAUACGGGUCAUUUGUCAAUAUCAUCAUCAUCUUCAGUAAUGUCUACGUCAUUGCAUAUCGCAUCACAAACAAAACCAAAACAAUUUGAAGACGGCAGCGUAAAUAUGUUGGCACGUCGGCCAAGUGUAGAUCCUCCGUUGCCGCUGCCGCCGCCACCACCACAACAACAACAGCCAACACUUGCUGCACAACAAAUGUAUAACGGUAUUUAUGCAUCACAAACUCACAGCCAGCAUGUCGGUGGUAGUCCGGCGCGUCGCAAUCCAUACAACUUUAACGCCAUGCAAUAUUGUAACCCCAGCAUGCUGGAACGACGCAGUUCCGGUGGCUAUUGCGCCGCCGGCACACAACGCUCUUCGAUGACCACACCCGACAGUGGUAUCAGCCAAACGCAAUCCUCACAAUCGUGCACGCCCGGUCCAUAUAGCCCACAUAGAAUCAUCUCCACGCCAAUACCAGCCAAAACAUACUGCGAUAGAUCGGUGAAUUCUUCACCAAAGCGCAUGGUAUCGGCGCUUACCUCGCCCAUUGAACCGUUUGCCGCGAAUAUAGGUCGAGAGCAUGCUUUGAAGCACGAGAUCGAACAAUUACAGGAGAAGUUGAAAGAUACGGAGGAACGUCUGAAAUCGUUGCGUAUACAACACGAUUCACUGUCACAAUUGCAUCGUGAUUUACGUGAAGGCAAUACAAAACUACAAGAAGAGUCUGAAAUGCUGAAGUUGGACGUACAACAUCUGAACGAAUGUGCCAAUAUACUGCGUACCGAAUUGCAAACAGCGCGUGCGGAUCGUGAUGAGGCAUUGAGUUUGCAGAAAACCUUGCAGGGUGAGCUGGAGGAGAGCCGACAGGAGCGGAAGCGUACACAAGAUCUUAAGGAUAAAGAUGCCAAAACCAUACAAGAUUUGCAGAGGCAGUGUCGUGAGAUGGAGCGUAUACUGAUGCGUAAGCAUCCGGAUUCUGUCUCGGCAUUAAUAGUCGCUUCCAAAAAUUCCGGUAAAUGCGCCAAUAAUGACCAGGAGAAUGUGAACAGUAGAAAGCUGCUGGAGCAACGUAUAGCGCAAUUGGAGUCUGAUGCCAAAGAACAAGACUUGAAAGCACAGCAAAUACUUGCAAAUGUACAAGCGCGUUUUAACUCGGUACAAGCCAAAUAUGAGACUCAUAUAGCCGAUUUAGAAACGCAGGUGCUAAGCCUUCAGGAAAUCAACACAAAAUUGAAUGAAAAAAUUGAAUCGCAAGUGCGCACUUUGGACUACUUCGUUUCUAAAAAGGCUGAGAACUUCUACAACAAUUGCACUCAAACCGAUGCUAAUGUGGUGGAAGUGGAGAGCGAGGCAGGCUGUAGUGGCGAUGUCACUAAACAUGCCAGCAAAAACACAACAGCCAACACAGCCAAUAGCAAUGUCACCGCCAGCACUGCUGCCAAUGCCAAUGUCAAAAACAGUACGACGAACACUACCCACACUACCGGCACGCAAACUAUUCAAACGAAGAAUACACGCGAUCACAGCACCAACACCAUCGGCACCUCAAGCGCCGUACAUUCGGCCAGUUCAAGCACCAGCAGUACCGCCAAUUCAACGCCCAACACCUCGCGACCCAAUUCGAAGCAAAGCGGCAUACGCAAACCAUUCGUUACUGCAAUGGGCAACCUCAGCUCAGCCUUAGCAUCGAAACUGCCCGUAUCACAUUCAGAUUUGACUAUUUCCGCACAUCACGCACACGCAGCGGCCAAGGAGGAUGCACAUUUGCUGGCCACUAUACGCGGCAUGCGCGUUGAUUUGGCGAUCAAGGACAAGGCCAUGCAGCGGUUGACGCGCGAAUUGGAGGAAUGCAAGAAGACGAUAAAGAAAUUGCAACGUGAGAAAGAAGCACAAAAAUCAGACAAGUCGCAGUGGAACAGCUAUACCUGCUUGAAUAUCUCACGCCGUAGUCACGAAGCGCUGCAUCACAACCAGGGGCAUAGCGAACAAAUGCCAGCCACCACAGAGAGUCAAACGCUGCGGGAAGCGCAAAACAAACUUAAGCUGCUGGAAUCAGAUUAUAAAAUUUUACAUGACAAGCGUUUAAACGAUCUGAAGACACUGCAAAGCGCACAUGAACGUGAGUUGGCCUCGUGUCAUGAAACGGUACGCGUCUUACAGCAGCGCCUCAAUGAACGCGACGAAGCCUUUGCCACACAAAAACGACGCAAAUUGCCGGUUGACUAUUAUGCGCUCAAAGCCAAGGUGAGUGGGACGAGUGGUAAGGCGUGUGGUGGUGGUGGUGGUGGUGGUGGUAGUGUUGUGGAUACCAAUGAUGACAUUAGCAACGGUAAAGAAAUGCAAACUGAAUGUAAAGAAGCGUUGGAAAGUGCACGCAGCAGUAGCCACUCAAUAGUGGAGAAGAAGAAGAAAAAGAAGUUUUUAAAAAAAUGCGUUGUCUUGUCGGCGCGCUUUUGAAUGUGUGAGGGGCAGGAAAAUCAAAAGAAAGAGGAGAACAUGAAAAACAAAACUUUUCCAAGUGUCAUAAUGAAUAAGUCGAAAUGAAGCGUGUAAAUGCGACAACGCACUUAGAAAUUAAUUUAUUAGCUUUUGUGGGCAUUUUGAUUUGAUUUUUGUUGCUUUU